AUGACUACCACUGAUGAAGACUGGGCGGCUGAAGUUGAUGAGCAAGAGCGGCAAAUCUCUGUAGAAGUAAGUUACUGUCGCCGCGGUUAGAAUUCCAUAACGCUUCAUUCUUUGAAACACGUGCGAUUGAUUUCGCAUGUACGUUUCGGCGUCCUCUGCUUAUAACUGUUGAAAAUAGUUUUGAAGCUUUAGCUUGAUGAAUUAAUGAAUUUUCAUUUAGUAGCUCGUGUGUUAUCUUAACCAAUUUUGGUUGUAUAAUUUAUAAAAACCCAUCAAACCGUUGAAUGAUGGCUUCAUUUUGAUGCAGAGUUUUAAGCUGACAUGUCGAUCCGGGGAAAAAAGAAGAGUGUAUUGAUAUUACACCUUCAUAUUCACUUUCAUUUCGUAGGAAAUGUACUGGUUUUUAGACUUUUCUUCCCUUGUAGUAGUGAAUAAGAUCAAUGAUACUGCAAGAUAUUUUGGACAAGCCUCCUUGUUCAGGAACUCAUAUGCAGCUUUUUAACCACAGAGAUGGCCAAGAAAAACGAUCAUUUCUUCUUCAAGGGUUUUGGUAUUAAAGGCCUAGUCAUUGCAAGCAUGCCCUUUCUCUUCCUUCUGAUUGUGGGCAUUUUCAUAAAUUAAACAUUCUGGCUCCCCCAUGGAUUUUCACUUGUGUUAAAUUAUGUUUUAAAUGUCAAAUUUUUCAUCAUUCACUACAUCUUAGGGGCUUUCCACGCUUGGUGCUUGAGAACCAGUGCCUCGGUACUGGCACGAAGUGGUGUUGUGUUCACACUUGAAAUACCUGAUAUGUGACUGUAUACAUACUUACUCCUUUUCGCCUUGUCAGACUCCAUUUUAAAACAUGAGCUUAGUAGUGACAACAAAGCAGUGUACUGCCUGGAACUUACAAAAAUUGUGUGCUGAUAGGGACCCAGUGCCUACUUUUGUGCCCGAGAACAAGGUCGAGACCUUGUACUUGGGCAACAGCACUGUGCCCGAAUUCUAGCAUGGGUACUUGAAAAAUGGUGCGUUCACAUUAGUGCCCAGUAAGUACUGUAUUUGGGCACCGAGUGUAAACGCUGUGUUAUAUAAUGUGUGAUGAUAGGAACAAUAAGCAAGAGAUCUAAUGAUCAUUAAGAGUACUAUUGUCGGGAGAUUUACCUGAGAAAAAAGCCAAAAAUUCAAUGACAUUUUGUGAUGCCACCACUGGUUUUCCCAGGAAAUGACCCGCUGAGGAGCAAGGGCAGAAACUCUAGACUGAUGGCGUUUCACUAACCAGAUUUGUGUAGUGAUUCUGAUUGGUUAAUGCAAAUUUCCCUCGCAGCAUAACAAAUCAGAAGCAUUGCCCAUAUCUGGGUAGCGACACAUCAUCAGUAUGGAAUUUCUGCACUCAUUCCCCACAUGGAAAACAGUGAUGGUGGCCCAAAAUGUUGGCUUUUUUCUCAGGCUACUACUGACCCCCUUUUUGACUUUCAUAUUUUUAUUCACUAUUUGCAGGUUGAUAAGUUGAAAUUAAGUAACACAAGUACCACUAAAGCAACUGAGGAAAAGCAAGCUAAUACAGAAGAAGAGGAUAAUGGUACAAAUAAAAUGCAAGCUCAUUGCUCAGUGACAUAUUUUGUAAUAAUAUUACUAUUCAUACUAAUCAUAGCUAUCAGCUGUCCUGAUUGGCUAUCAACUGUCCUGAUUUCAGUACUAACAGGACAGUGUAAUAGGACAGUACGCGUUAUGCCUAAGUAAUUUGACAGUACGUGCCAUCGCCCGCACACACUUAAGUGGCUUUUUUUUAACUUCUAGAAAAAGCUAUCGUAAUUUCUUGUGUUUUAAUUUUAAAAAAGGACCAAAUCUCACAAACUUUGUUAUACUUAUGAUUAAUUAGUUACAGAACUUUGUGUCAUCCAAUGUGGCCUGUAAUCAUACUCGUGAUUAAAUAAAUCGGACUCCCGCUAUGCAGUCGUCCAAUUUUGUUAAUCACUUGUAUGAUUACAGACCGAAUUGGAUUCCACUCAGUCCUUAGUACCAUUAUUUAUACUUUUAUCAAUACUAAAACCCCAUAUCGGCAUUGUCUUUCUUCCACAGAGCAGACUAAGGCUACAGACCUUGCAGAUGCCUCUUUUUUGAUGAAAGUGUUAAGAAGUAAACUUGUUAAGACCAAGAAUGAGGUUGAGGUACAGAGAAAUGACCCAAGUUCACCCUUGCACUCUGUCAAGUCAUUUGAGGAAUUACCACUGUAAGUACCGACCACCAUUCUAUUUCUUUUCCUCUUGACAUGAAAGGAUUUUAAAUUUCAAAAUUUUAUCAGUGACUAUUGCCAGUGACUAUUAUUAUUAUCAUAAAAUAAUAUAAUCUGUGUUGUAUUUUUUAUCAGGUCAGAAGAACUCCGUCGUGGUGUCUAUGAUAUGGGUUUUAACAAACCAUCCAAGAUUCAGGAAACAGCACUACCCAUGCUCUUAGCUGAUCCGUGAGUUACUGCAUGUUUAAUCCCUUGGAUUAAUUUGAUAAUAGUGUCCACAUUCUUCACAUAAUCAACACUGAUGGAUGAGUAAAACCAUAUAACCAGAAUAAUUUAAUCUGAAAUAUUAUUAUGAUACAGUGUGCCCAUAUUCAGUGAGAUAAAAUGUUAAUCAUGAAUAAAUUUCUUUUCUCGGUGGGUACUUACCUUGACUCUCCUCUUCAAGCUCCAUUACUCAUAAGGCCUCUGACUUGUCCUUGAAAAGUGUGUCUGGUAUCAGCAAUAUUUUUUUAUGGGAAUGAGACAUUAACUCACUCCUCAACCCCCAACCUGGUGGGGCUAGGCAUUGCAAUUUUAUUCAUCUGGCCCCAGUUGUUCAAAAGGUAGAUAACACUGUCCACCGGAUAGCACAAUUUUAUUGGUUUGCCUAACAUGUAUCAACUGGAUAGUGAUUUAUCCAGUGGAUAGUGCUAUCCAACUUUUAAACAACUGGGGCCUGGCCUUUCACCCCAAACCCGCCCAACACAGUUGAACCCACCAAAAUGUGAGGUCCCAACCACUAUACAGUGUAGUUUUCAGGGUCAUUGAGGCACAUGAACCUUCCCUCCAUGUUAUAAAGGCGCAACAUGUUUGGGAGGUGUCUUGGUGGGUGUCAAGUGGCAGUCGUAUAAAUGUUUGCUUUUUGUUUGAUGUUUAGACCGAACAAUAUGAUAGCUCAAUCACAGUCUGGGACAGGAAAAACUGCAGCAUUUGUUUUGUCAAUGCUUAGCAGAGUAGAUGCAACAAAAAACUUCCCUCAGGUAUUAUUUCGUUUUACUUCUUGUUUUACUUUGUUGUAAAUUCCAUCUUCCUCUCUUGUAGUGAAAGAGUUACAUCAGGAACAAAUAUGAAGUGUUAGAUAAUGAAUUUGUUCACAUAAAGCUGAAUUGUUGCAAUGAACUGAUUUGUUGUACUUUUAUCAAGGUUAUCUGUAUUUCACCUACAUAUGAGCUUGCACUACAAACAGGACAAGUGGCAGAAAAGAUGGGCAAAUUCUGCCCUGACGUCAAGAUUGGUUAUGCAGUGAGGGGGGAGAGAGGUGAGAAAUUUGAGCCAGGAAAAAUAAUUGUGCAAGACAUACAUGUAGGCCUCAGGGGGGGAUACCAUCCUGUCUCGCUCAGGGGUGUAAAUUUUGGAUUUUUUGUCUUACUUACUAAGACGAAAAGUAAAAUGCCAAUAUUUUUAGCAUCUAAGGUCUUGUUUGGGGCUGUGGUAAAAAAAAGCUUGAGCCUUUCCUCAAUUGGUUUCCUUAAGGGGUUUAAUUCAAUGUUUGGUAUAAGCACCAUAAAAAAUUAUUACAGAGGAACUGUAAUCAAUCCUUCUCAAAAAAAGGUUUUUUCCGUGUUAGUUGAAAUGACCUUGUGGCUAGCUACAGCUUACGUCUUUCUUUUCACCCUGAAUAAGGCCUAUAAAUAUGGCUUAGCAUUGUUUUUGUUUUGUCGCUGAAGAACAUGAUUAUUGUAUAUUCCAUAAACAGCCUUCAAUGUUCUUAAUCCCCACUCCUUCUCCUUUCUACAGUGUCAAGAGGUCAGAAAGUUACAGAUCACAUAAUAUUUGCUACACCCGGAACUCUACUAGACUGGAUUCUCCGCCACCGAGCACUGGACCCCAAAAAAAUCAAGAUGUUUGUUUUAGAUGAGGCUGAUGUCAUGAUAGCACAACAGGGACACCAGGAUCAGUCCAUUAGAAUACACAAGUAAGGCUACUUCCCUUUUGUCAUACUUNUUGAAAUGACCUUGUGGCUAGCUACAGCUUACGUCUUUCUUUUCACCCUGAAUAAGGCCUAUAAAUAUGGCUUAGCAUUGUUUUUGUUUUGUCGCUGAAGAACAUGAUUAUUGUAUAUUCCAUAAACAGCCUUCAAUGUUCUUAAUCCCCACUCCUUCUCCUUUCUACAGUGUCAAGAGGUCAGAAAGUUACAGAUCACAUAAUAUUUGCUACACCCGGAACUCUACUAGACUGGAUUCUCCGCCACCGAGCACUGGACCCCAAAAAAAUCAAGAUGUUUGUUUUAGAUGAGGCUGAUGUCAUGAUAGCACAACAGGGACACCAGGAUCAGUCCAUUAGAAUACACAAGUAAGGCUACUUCCCUUUUGUCAUACUUACGGAUGAAACUGGCAAAAAGUUCUCUGUUACGUCCUUUUAAAGAGAUUAUAAAUAAUCAUAGUUACUGGGAGAUUUUCUGUUGGCCAGUAAAUGAUUACAUUGGGCAUAUGCAUUUGUCUUAUUUCCACAGAGGUUUGCCUUCUGGUUUGCUUUGAAUAGCUUUACCGCUCUUUUCCCUUUUGUUUGCUUCCUUCCACCCACCCACCUCUUUGUUCCUUGGAGGGAAGUCCAUUCAUUUAAGUUGUCUUUUUUGAUCUUUAAUAUUCUCCACUGAGAGAUGAGUGUGACAGGUUCCAGGGGCAGGUAGCCAAUGGCAGGUUGUCAUUGUUACCUUACUUUAGUUUCAAUGCGAAUACUGAACUUAACAAAUAAUGUAUUUCCUCUGCUCUAGGACCCUGCCAAAAGAUUGCCAAAUGCUUCUGUUCUCUGCAACCUACGACGACGAGGUGAUGAAAUUUGCCAAGACAGUAGUACCAGACCCUCUCAUCAUUCGGCUUCGUCGGGAAGAGGAGAGCCUGGACAAUAUCAAGCAGUACUAUGUGGUGUGUCGUGACAAAGAAGAUAAGUUCCAGGCCCUCUCCAACAUGUAUGGCGUUGUGUCUAUUGGACAGUGUAUCGUUUUCUGUCACGUAAGUGUUAAAAUAAAUUCCUUCCCACGCCCUCCUUUUCCUUUCGCCUUUCCCCUGAUUCCCAUCUAAAUCCUUCCUCGCCCCAGGAAACGACUUCAAAGCAGCAUAAAUUUUAGUUGCUAUUCAGAAAAUUUUCCUAACCCCAGGAUGUUUUUACAUUUGUGUAUGCCUGUGUAAUUUCAGACACGCAAGGCCGCCUCUUGGUUGGCAGAGAAGAUGACAGGGGAUGGUCAUUCAGUAGCGCUGUUGUCAGGCGAGAUCACAGUGGAACAGCGGCUAGCAGUAUUAAACAGAUUCCGCGACGGCAAGGAGAAACUGCUGAUAACAACUAAUGUCAGCGCCAGAGGCAUUGAUGUGGAACAGGUAAGUUCACAUUGGCCGCCAUAAGAAUCAGUGACCCCACCCCCUAGUAUUAAAGCAUAGAUUUUGGGUUUGUGCAUGACAAAGUCUUAAAUUAUACAUGUAACAACAUCGGGAACCACACUAAGGUACCAGAAUUUUAAACAGCAAUGAAAAAUGUAAAAAACAUAAAUGGUAUUAAAAUUGGAUAUAAAAAAGUAAGUAGGAGCCAAGUAAGAGUGUGGGUAGCUACUGUAUGUUACUCCUUAAAAAUUCAGGUAGGGAUGUAUGGUAUAUAAUGUGCUCCUUAACUUACCUUAUUUUAGACCAUAGUGAUUGGGCCAGUUUUCAAAUUUUGAUUCUAUGCUGGCAAAAACUACCAAAAGGUUAUUAUUUUCAGUGCUCCCUGAUGAAAUUUGUUUGAUAUCCUCUUCGUGACUCCAUAGGAGCAUUUUUUGUAUGGGUUAACCCUUUAAGUCCCAAUGGUGACCAACAUCAAUUUUCUCCUGACGAUAUCCAUAUAAAUAAAUAAAUGUCAAGAGAUUAGGUUGUGAGAACUAGUAAAAUGACCCCCAAAGAGAAAAUGCCUUGAUCUUUUCUCAAAUUCUCUCAACACAUUCUUUAAGGAAAUGUAUAGAGAUCAGUUUCGACAAUCUGUAUGUGGAUAUUGCGGCUUAAAGGGUUAAGGCACGAAGUAAUGAACUGAGCACAGAAUUGAUCAAAAAGAGCAAUUCCCUUGUGACAUAGUCUCCCCCCCCCCCCACCCCAAUUCCCUUGUGACGCCGUGAGGCCGUAGGGCCUGUUUACAUGUAAAAGUGAUCAAAUUAAAAUGAGAGAUUAUAUGGACAGAGGGGUUACCCCACCUACCUGGGGUCCCCCACCUCCAUGUAAACAGGCUCUUAGUAAUACGAUGUUUUUUUAUUUGUUGUUUUGUUGCUUUAGGUUACUGUCGUAAUAAAUUACGAUAUGCCAGUUGAGCCCACGGGUAAACCCGAUUUCGAAACAUACUUACACAGGAUCGGCAGGACUGGCCGGUUUGGCAAGAGCGGCAUUGCCGUCAACUUCAUUGAUGGUCAGCGGUCUAUGACGAUCAUGAAGAAAAUCGAAGAACAUUUUGGCAAGAAAAUAACGCUCUUGCAGACUGAUGACGUGGAUGAACUUGAGAAACUGGGCAACUAA